AUGUCGAAACUUGUCGAAACCCAACUGCCAAACCAACUUUCUCCAGUUGUUUCAGUUCCGUUGGAAGACUUGAAACCAUAUUCUUUUGAGAUUAAUGAAGGAGGUUCUCAUAAUACUUCUGCCAGAAAGGCAAAGUAUAACAAUAUUAGGGAUGCGGUUGUUCAUUCAGAUAAUGUAAUCGAGAUCGCUGAUGAUGAAAAUAAAACAAAUGAACCUGAGGUCAUAGAUAUAGAUAAUUAUAUACCAAAAAAUAAUAAACGAACUUAUACGAAAGAAGUUGAAGUCAUUGAGUUGUCGAAAAUGAUGAAGAAGAACUUCCUUCCAAGAUUAUAA